AUGUCAAGGUCAAGUCAAGGUCAAGUCAAGGACAAGUCAAGUCAAGGGCAAGUCAAGGGCAAGUCAAGGGCAAGUCAAGGGCAAGUCAAGGUCAAGGUCAAGUCAAGGUCAAGUCAAAGUCAAAGUCAAGGUCAAGUCAAGGUCAAGUCAAGGUCAAGUCAAGGUCAAGUCAAGGUCAAGUCAAGGUCAAGUCAAGGUCAAGUCAAGGUCAAGUCAAGGUCAAGUCAAGGUCAAGUCAAGGUCAAGUCAAGGUCAAGUCAAGGUCAAGUCAAGGUCAAGGUCAAGUCAAGGUCAAGUCAAGGUCAAGUCAAGGUCAAGUCAAGUCAAGUCAAGUCAAGGUCAAGUCAAGGUCAAGUCAAGGUCAAGUCAAGGUCAAGUCAAGGUCAAGUCAAGGUCAAGUCAAGGUCAAGUCAAGGUCAAGUCAAGGUCAAGUCAAGGUCAAGUCAAGGUCAAGUCAAGGUCAAGUCAAGGUCAAGUCAAGGUCAAGUCAAGGUCAAGUCAAGGUCAAGUCAAGGUCAAGUCAAGGUCAAGUCAAGGUCAAGUCAAGGUCAAGUCAAGGUCAAGUCAAGGUCAAGUCAAGGUCAAGUCAAGGUCAAGGUCAAGUCAAGGUCAAGUCAAGGUCAAGUCAAGGUCAAGUCAAGGUCAAGUCAAGGUCAAGUCAAGGUCAAGUCAAGGUCAAGUCAAGGUCAAGUCAAGGUCAAGUCAAGGUCAAGUCAAGGUCAAGUCAAGGUCAAGUCAAGGUCAAGUCAAGGUCAAGUCAAGGUCAAGUCAAGGUCAAGUCAAGGUCAAGUCAAGGUCAAGUCAAGGUCAAGUCAAGGUCAAGUCAAGGUCAAGUCAAGGUCAAGUCAAGGUCAAGUCAAGGUCAAGUCAAGGUCAAGUCAAGGUCAAGUCAAGGUCAAGUCAAGGUCAAGUCAAGGUCAAGUCAAGGUCAAGUCAAGGUCAAGUCAAGGUCAAGUCAAGGUCAAGUCAAGGUCAAGUCAAGGUCAAGUCAAGGUCAAGUCAAGUGUCAAAAGGAACCAAGAGCAACCAGAUACACAAACAACCAAGCUACCAAAGUAUAAACGUGAAGGCUUAAGCUGUACGUACUACGUACCACACCAGCAGCAGCAGCAGCAGCAGCAACAACACAACCACCACCACAUUCUAGCCAACCAACAAGCCAACAAGAAAGAACAUCAACAUCAUCGUCGUCAUCAUCAGCAGCCUCACAUCCUUUUCAAUUUUCAGCCAUCUCCAUCAUCAUCGUUGUCGUUUCCAACGUGUAGUGUCUAA